CUCUCCCUCCUCAUUCCUCUUCCUCAUCAAUCCCUCUCCCUCACCAGUCACCACACCACACAGCAAAACCCUAACCAAACCCUAGCCCACCGCCCCCCUGUCUCCCUCCAGCCCCCGGUCGACAUGGGAGUAAUAAUAAUGGUGUGAGGGCGGUUCCUCUCCUUCCGGUUCCAAUCUCCCAACUUUCUUCCGUCGGUGCCUCGCCGGCAUGUCCGCCUUGGCGUCCGGCUCCGGCUCCGGCUCCACCUCCGCUCGCGACGCGGAUGACGUCGCGAUCCUAUUAAGGAUCUUGAAGGUGACGGGCGCGGACUGCGACCAUCUCUCCGCCUCGCAGAAGGACAUCCUCGCCCGCGCCCACUGCAUCGGCACCGGCGGCGGCGUGGAGGAGGAAGAAGAGGAGGCCGAGGUGAUCAGCACGCCGCCUCUCACACUGCAGCACCCGCUGAGGCAGGGCCAAAGCCAGCAAGGUCAGGCGGGGGAGGGGGAGGAUGGCGUCGCCAUGUGCUCCAUGCCCUUCGCCCAGACUCACCCUUCCUCUCCUUCUUCCGCUUCCUCGGAUAGCCGGCAGCGGAAGCCACGGAAGCCGCGCAAGCCUACGAGGAAGGUGAGAGCCGGCACCAAGAUCUGGCCUCCCACCCCCACUGCGACUGCGACUCCCACUCUGGCUCCGGCUCCGGCUGCGACUGCGACUGCGACUGCGACUCCGCCUGCGACUGCGACUGCGACUGCGACUGCGACUCCGCCUGCGACUGCGACUGCGACUGCGACUGCGACUGCGAAUGCGACUCCGCCUGCGACUGCGACUGCGACUGCGACUGCGCCUCCGGCUCCGCCUGCGACUGCGACUGCGAGCCCUAGCCCCGAACUCGACCCUCUCGUUAGGAUGGUGCUCAUGGUCCCCACCGCUCCUCUUCCACCCACCGGUUAUAAGAACAUCCUCGAGCUUGCUCGCAGCCGCGGGCUCUUUGAUCCCCCGCCUCCUCUUCCAACCACCGGUCAAGAUGAAUGAGGUUCCAAAACGAGGACCUCAUUCCAUAAGUGGAGCAAGGUGUGGAAAUCUUAAGACUAAUGUCCUAUAUUUCCAUUAACAAGUGCAAGCAAGCAAGGAGCAGCCAAUGAUCAAGGACAAAGACCUUUGUUCGAGCUUGGGUUCCGAAGGAUCUGAGAAUAAAUAGCCUGAUUCCUGUAACCUGCUUUACUUUUGUAGUGUCUGCUGAAUGGUAUGCUAGCUAUUUUGGUCACCUAGCUCUUGAUCCCUGGGUGAUUGGAGUAAUGGCUGUAAACUCCUGCUUUACUUUUGUAGUGUCUGCGCUUGUUAAUGCUGGUGCUAUGUAAGCUGAAUGGUAUGUUAGCUAUUUUGGUCACCUUGCUCUUGAGCCCUGGGUGAUUGGAGUAAUGGCUGUAAACUCUGUAGUUUCGUUGCUUUCAAGUAAUGAAAUCUGGGUUUCCCUGUGGUGGGAAAAAACACUAUUCUUUUUUGAAGAUUUAACUUAGAUGAGUAGUCUCUUGCGGCUC